AUGAAGCUGAUCAUAAUUGUUUGCAUUGCUCUAUUAUCUCUCACCCAUGCUGUUAAGAAGUUCGAGAUGGAUCUUGAACCAGUCAGAUCCCUCCAGAAGAGCCAAGACUGAUUUGAAGGCUUAUCAGCUUCAGAUAUAGUUUUCCAAGAGGAUAAAUAAAUUAGGGAAUAAAAGAUUUUUAAAGUCAAUAACUAAGGAUAUAACUAACUUCAAGGACCUUCAGUAUUACGGCAACCUCUUCAUAGGUCCUGAGAGGCAGAAGAUGACCUUCAUCUAUGACACUGGAUCUGCAUGGGUUUGGUUCCCAACUUCUCUGUGAGAAGCAUGUCCAACUGGAAAUCUUUAUGAAAUUAACAACGUUCUUGAUUUGCCAGAUAACGAAAAAGCCCGUAAUAGAGAAAUCCAAAAUGCAGAAGUUGAGGUUUUGGUAUAUGGCACUGGAGAAGUAGGAGGCAUUAGAAUAACAGAAGAUGUCUACAUCUACAGUAAAGGGCCAGAAGUUGUCAGAAACCUCGUCAUGCUUGGCAUUGUCCUUGCUAAUGGGAUUGAAGGUGAUGUCGCUGACGGAAUUCUCGGGCUGGGUCCCACCCAACCUGAAGAUGGAAGAGGAAAUUUUGUCACUGCUUUGAAAGAGCAAGGCAUCAUUGAUUAUGAGAUGUUCUCAUUUGAUUUCAAGCUUCAAGGAAACAAAUCAAAAAUGAUUUUUGGAGAUAUCGAUAGAGAGCUAGUUAAAAAUCCGCGUGACUUCAUAUGGGUCCCAAUGAAAGGUCAAGAAGACUAUUGGAAUCUCCCUCUCACUGGUGUCUAUUUUGGAAACCAAAAAGCCCUUGAUGAUGCCAAAUAUGCAGUUAUUGAUACAGGAAGCUCCACACUUGCUCUAUCUGAGAACAACUUUCUUGAUUUAAUGGAAAAUAUCCUUGACACAGGUCUUGAUUGAGGAUUCUUUAUCGAAGAAAAAUUUGUUGCAUGUAUUUGAGAAAAUGGGUACAAUGAUUUCCCAGAUCUCACUCUCAGCAUUCAUGGUCACCCAUUUACUCUUGAGCCUGCUGAUUACAUUGCAACUGAAGACAAUAUCUGAGUGAUUUUAGUAUACAAUCUCGGAGAUAGAGUCGUUAUCGAAGAAGACACUAUUGUUCUUGGAGUUAAUUUCCUCCGCAAAUUUUAUACUGUAUUCGAUAUGGAGAAAUCAAGAAUCGGAAUCUAUGAGCACUCAAUGCCAAGCUAUUAUGCCUUUAUCGGUGGAACCCCAUUGUCUGCUUUAGUAAUAGCAUUCUUUUUCAUAUUAAUGAGUGUUUUAUUUUUUAUGCUCAAAACGAAAAAGGAUGAGGGAGUUGAAUCAACUUCGACUUCAGGUGGAAAGAUGCACAAUAUCUCAGCAGAAAUACAUAAUAAAGAUUAA